UUGGUGGCUGUUGCCCUGGAGGUCAGUGGCCGCUGCUGGAGGCAGAGCCGGAGCGGGUGAAGUCGGGUGCGGACACAGCAAAUGGAGACGCCGGGGGCAGCGGGCAGUCCGCACCUGCCGCUCUGGGUGGACGAGAAGGAGCCGAGGAGCGGCAUCGAGUCGCUCUUACAGCAACUGCGGCCCCUCUGGAAAGCUUCCGAGAUCAGGAUAAAGUCUUUUACAGAUGGAAUCACUAACAAGCUCAUCGGUUGCUACGUGGAUGAGACGAUGCAAGACGUUAUUCUCGUGAGACUCUACGGGAAAAUGACGGAACUGUUUGUAGAUCGCGAGAGUGAAGUGAAGAGUUUUCAGAUGCUCCACGCUCACAGUCGAGCUCCAGAACUUUACUGCACCUUUCAGAAUGGCAUGUGCUACGAGUUCAUGAAAGGGACUGUCUUAGACAAGUGGCUGCUAAGAGAGCCUUCUACCUUCAGACUUGUAGCGGAGGAAAUGGCUCAAUUUCAUUCCGUGCAAACUGAGAACUGCUGUCUCUCCGAGCGGGAGCCAGUGCUUUGGAAGAGCCUCUCGGUAUACCUGUCGAUACUCAGUGCAGACAAGCCAAUGCCAAUGAAGGACAAGAGCUCCACGGUUACGAAUGAGGUGCCAAAUCUCGACGUCCUUGUCAGGGAAAUCGAUGCCCUGAAAGAACACCUUUCCCAUAUCAAAUCCCCUGUGGUUCUGUGCCAUAAUGAUCUACUGUGUAAGAACAUAAUCCACAAUGAAGCUGAAGGCCACGUGAAGUUCAUUGACUAUGAAUACACUGGCUACAACUACCAAGCCUACGACAUUGGUAACCACUUCAAUGAAUACUCAGGUGUGAAUGAAGUAGACUACAGCCUGUAUCCAACUCAGGAGAUGCAGAAGGAAUGGCUGAGGACCUAUCUGGAGAUAUACAAAGAGUGUACUGGAGGUGAAGCAUUAGUGACUGAUCAGGAAGUGCAGCAACUUUAUGUCCAAGUGAACAAGUUUGCAUUGGCUGCACACUUUUCCUGGGGUCUCUGGGCUCUUAUCCAGGACAGAUAUUCCACCAUUGACUUUGAUUUCCUGAGGUACGCCUCAGUACGUUUCCGACAGUACUUCAAAAGGAAGGAGGAGAUCUGGGACCUGACGCUGCCUCAUUGACCCUGGACGGCAGGUGGAUUCUCUGCCCCCGCUCAGCUCCACCCUGCUCGGCCGGAGGAGGCUGGCGGCGGAGACCAUCCUGUCAAUGAGGUGCUUCCCAUGUUUCGUCGCUGCCCUUUUUGUUGGGAUCCACGCGGUGAGCUCGAGGCUGGACUGUCGAUGCAUCUGUUGCUUGCUGCUUUACAGACAUGGAAUCUGGCACUAACGGACCACGGGAAUUGUCCCUUUGCAACUCUCUGCUUCCUCUGGGACACUACCCUGUGUGAGGGGUGCUAUAUAAAUGCAAGUUGUUGUUUUGUUUCAGUUAAGCUUAGAUUAGCGAGGCGGUCUUCUCACAGUUGCAUCACAGUUUGGGUUUAGACCAUAACCAUUCAGUCGUGGCAGAGCUGAAAUUUACAACCUUCAAGUGUUAUUUUUGUUACUUUUUAGUCUUCCUUCCACUUUGAAUGAAACCUAACCUGUCCCAGCACCUUAUCACGUCUCAAAGUAACGUCUCAGUUACGUAAUCAUACCAUACAUAUCAUACACGCAUGUGGAAAAGAAAAGCAAAAAAAAACACAGCAACGCAGGAAAGGAUGUUUGAUAAAGGGGGUCCUUAUGGCUAAAAAUAGAAUCUUUUCGUCGGGUCUUUAUAGACCCCAAAGUCUGUGAUUUUUAGCCUGACCUCCCACGGUGGCGUCUCUGAUGUGUGCAAUUGGCAUUUCGAGGGAGCUUUGCAUGCUGCUGUUAAAGGUAAAUGUCACCUUAUGUUCAAACGGUGAAACGUCCCUCCGACAAUUUACAGCAACGGGGCUUUGCAUUUUAUCCCCUUCGAACUGAAGGCUUCCAAACGUCUUAUUUGUAGCACAGACUUGUUCAUUCCAAAAGGUAAAACAGAAUGCCGAAAGAGCCACGAUCGGUGAACGCUCAUUUACUAUAAAGGGCAGUUCAGGACUGUCUAGACGUGGGUUUAUUUUCUGACCUGACAGCAGGAUUUCUAUUACGCUUUGAUUCCUCCGUUGUGUAACCUUUUCUUAAUUAUCCUAUGUUUCUUCCGAUUCUAUCUCACGCAAAGCGGUAGCUCAAAGCGAACACAAUGCCAGGCAUUUCUCAUCAAACGGGACAAGGUCGUUUAGCUCUGUUGAGUCUAAACGCUGCGCAGGAUUUUAUUUGUGGCUCAAUUUGUUUUUGUUAUAUAGAUAGCUAUCGCUUUCAUCAGUGCGUUUAGAGAACAAACUAAGGUCAGACCGAGCAGCAUUCUCUCCGACCCAAACCUGGCUGGAUUCAGUUGAGUAGAGAAGUCGAGGGAGCGAGAGAGUUGGCAGAGGAUAUUUCUGUGGGGUUUCCUUUCGUUGCGAGUAAUUUCUUCAACAAUGCAUUUGAGUGGAUAUUUCUGUAGUUAGUUGCUCGUCGUGUUUUGUAAGCUCCUCACAAAAGUGUUACUGCCCUAAACCUUGCCCCUGGCUCUAUUAGUAUUGCUCAUUUUAAACACUCACUUUGUUGGGUUUUCCCUUUCUUCCUCUGUCUCUCAGCAAUGGCAACCGUCACAAUGGAAGACAGUUCUUGUGCAUAUAUAAGAAUUGUGGUCUUACAGGCUAAGACCAGGUAGCAUUGCAGGCGUCUGACCUUCGCUUUGAACUUAGUUGGCGUCAAUCCAUAUUGGGAGAAAAAUUUCCACCUGGGCCUUAAUUCACGGUCCACCUUUUGUUUAAAAGAACAGAUAAAAAAAAGCUUCAAAAUCAAGGCUGCAUAUAAUAAUUUGACAAAUUCUGGACACUUUGAAAUGUUAAGUAAAUAUAGUAAAUCUAGACCUGGGUAGAUGUUCCUCCCAAAGUUCUGAGUUGCUACUGCAAGGCUUUGAUUGUGUGUGCCUUGUGCAUUGCUGUAGUUUGUUACCAGCAAAUUCAAUUCCGCUCAUUGGUUACAUAGCUAUUUGGAAUCAUUCACAUGAUUCCUGCUUUUUAAACAACGGCCCAUGCGAUAGUCCUAACACUUGGCAAAAAUUUUUAACAGAAUUAUAGCUUGGACAACAACUAGUUGUUUUUUUGGUUCUUGUAUUUGCUGUCGUUUUCCGUUUCAGAAAGCACAGGCAGUUACAGAUGAGAAACGCAGUGUGGCUUGUUUAAGUAGCGUAGGAUGUUCAGGAGCCAUUUGGUUAGAGCUUGGUUUAGGACUAGACAGAAUUAUCUUUCCCAAGUGUUCUGGGAUGAAGUGGGAUGGGAUUAGAUGCAUUGCCCUAGUGUAGGGAAGAGGUUUGCGCUACUCCUGGAGAUAUGGGUGACAUCCAUUUGAUGUACACCGCUGAUAGAAGGGGAAAUUGACAGCACAUGCUUCAUGGGACUUGAUCAAAUUGUGAAUCUCUAAAAGGUGCCAAACUUCUGUGGAAACGUUUACCAUUGUGGUAUUGAUUAACGACAAGAAGACUUCUGCCAUUGAACGAGCUGUGCUUUCGUCUGUCGCUGAAAUCAGCCUGGCCUGUCUGUCCAUGGUUGGUUCCCAAAUUCUGACUGCUUUUGUCUGAGCUUUUUGUUUAGUGCUAUAACCUCUUAAUAAUGCUCUCUCAAUAAACAUUUUAAUAACCUCUUAAUGAACCCUGAACAUCAGUGGUGCUGCAAUUGACCCAGAAACUGGAGCUUGACAUUCUUUGCCUUUGUUACACGUUGUUGCCAGCAGUGAGGGGUGGGGGUUUUGCAUGUCUGGAAGGCAGUGAACACCUUGUGUGAAGUGAUUUCUAUGUGUCUAUGUCAUGUAAAACCUUAAAAUGUACUUUCUGUUUCUGUUUGGUAAAUGUUACAAAAUAGUUAUUUGUCAAGGAGGAAAUCACACCAAACUUUUAUAUGAAAUUACCCAGCCAGUCCAUGCCCUUCACCCCUCUAUUCCCUGUUGUGUGCAUCAAGUUUCCUCUUAAAAAUACAUUGAUGCUUUCUGCUCCCACCACAGUUUCCAGCCACAAAUUCCAUAUUCUGCAUCUCAUGGCUCAGAUGCUCACAACUCCAGCUGAAGGUUUAUUUUACAGGAAUAAAAUUGCCUUAAUCUAGUAACCAAAUGACUGCCAUAGAAAUCGUGCGAGUUGUCUAGUUUAUGAAGUGCAACUGUGUAUCCUGCAUGUAAAGGGUUGAUGGCCAAAGUUGGUCAGCCAAAUAAGAAUGAUAUUUGGUUUGUGACUGCCAACUGAGGUUUCACAUGCUCAUUUUCAGUGCCUUGGAAUAUGGUAAUACCUGUACAAAUGUUAUACCAAAUGGGUUGAAUACAAUACUUGCACAGUGAUUUACUGAGGUGUUGCCUCAUCGCUCUCUGUUCUGUCGAUCAAUAAAUAGGAAUUCAAAUGUUA